AUGAGGUCCCGGCUACUGGUUCCUGUGGCCCACCUGCCCACGAUUCGGGAGACCUCGGAAGAGAUGCCGCCCGGGGGGCCUGGGCAGGAACCCCUGGCCUCCCCCAGCCUGGAUGACUACGUGAAGUCCAUUUGUCAGCUGGCACAGCCCACUUCAGUGCUGGACGCGGCCACAGCCAGAGCCCAACUUGGCAGACCGCCCCAGCCAGCCCAGGCCUUCGAGACGAACUGCCCUACUGAGUCCCUACGGGACAUCACUACCCGCUUCAUUGGCCAGCAGCCUGCACCGCCCAGGGAUGGUGCUGCUGACCCCUUGGACUGGCUGUAUGGGGAGUCCCAGGAAAAGCAGCCAAGUAGGAGGGACCCACCGAGGCGGACUGGCUCCUCUGCUGACCCCUGGGGUCCACAGAGACAGAUGGAUGGUGGCAAGGCCCGAGGGACCCCCGGAGGGAGACUCUGUGACUCCAGGGUGCAGGGGCACUCUCUGGCAAGGCCCUCAAGGGACCGGCACCAAGGCUCCUGGCCUUCCAAGCCACUCUGUGGGACCGCAGCCUCCCCCCCACCCCCCCGCCACGGCAGCAGCCUCAGAACUCUCUAUUUGCACCUCCCGGUGAUCCAUGAACUCUGA